CGCCGCCGCCAUGAGUGGCCCCUACCCGGAGGAGAGCUGCGCCGAGCGCCCCGAGUGCAAAAGUAAAUCGCCAACUUUGCUGUCCUCCUACUGCAUCGACAGCAUCCUGGGCCGGCGCAGCCCCUGCAAGGUGCGGCUGCUCGGCGCCGCGCCCAGCCUGCCCGCCGUCGCCGCCCGCCCCGACACCGACAAGGCCGCCCAAGGGUCCCCCAAGGGCAGCCCCCCUUUCGAGCCGGCCGAGCUGCACCUGCCCCCUAAACUGCGCCGGCUCUACGGGCCGGGCGGGGGCCGGCUGCUGCCGCCGGGGGCGGCGGGGCCGCGGGGGGACCGGCCGGAGGGGCGGCCGGAGGGGGGCGCCGGCCCGGUGCCUGCCGCCGCCCCGUGGGACACGCUGAAGAUCAGCCAGGCCCCCCAGGUCAGCAUCAGCCGCAGCAAGAGCUACCGAGAAAACGCGCCCUUCGCGGCGCCGCCGCCCGCCCGGGACGAGCUGGGCAGCCCCGCCGCACACGUCGAGGAACGGCCGGGCCCCGCCGCCCCGGCCGCCGAGGAGGAAGAAGAGGAGGAGGACGAAGAGAUGCUGGAGGAGGAGGACGAGGAGGAAGAGGAGCUGGAGGAUGACGAGGAGGAGGAGCUGCUGGGAGAGGACGGCGGGGGGCUGCUGAAGGAAGCCCGCCGGGGCGCCGCUGCGGCCCCCGGGGCGGAGGGCGGGGAUCUGUCCCCCAAAGAGGAGCUGCUGCUGCACCCCGAGGACGGCGAGGGCAAGGACGGCGAGGAGAGCGUCUGCCUCUCGGCCGGCAGCGACUCCGAGGAGGGGCUGCUCAAGAGGAAGCAGCGCCGCUACCGCACCACCUUCACCAGCUACCAGCUGGAGGAGCUGGAGAGGGCCUUCCAGAAAACCCACUACCCCGACGUCUUCACCAGGGAGGAGCUGGCCAUGAGGCUCGAUCUGACCGAAGCCCGAGUGCAGGUGAGUGGCGGCGGCGGCGGGACCGGGGCCGGGAAGCGGAGCGUCCCUCGGGGUGAAGGAAAGGGAGGGGGGGGGGCGCCCCGGGGAGAGGGGGGGCGAGGGGGUGUCCCCGGGCCUCCCUGGCCCCCGGCAGGGCCGAGCCGUCGGCUGGCGGAACCCCGCGUGAUUAAAAGCCCCACGGGGCUCCGGUUGUUAGCGAGACCCGCUCGGCCGCAAGCCGGGUAUUUGGCUGCCAUCAAAUCUCCAAUCGGGCUUCAUAAAAGCCCACUUAGCGCUAGAACAAACAGGGCCAUUUGA